AUGGCCUGCCACCUGAGAUCCGCGAGUGUGCCCUCAAGCCCUCGCUCCAACAAAACCAACGUGGAGGAACAGCUCCAGAGCCUGAAGGCGACCAUCUCUUCAACCUCCACGACAGUCCAAACCAUCGUUGGUGGCCUGUCCAGGCUUGAGAGCAUCUACAGCUGCAUUGACGAGCUCGCAUGCUUGCCCAACACUAGCAGCCAAUGCCAGCAGAGGAAAGCAGUGGAGGAGGAGCUCGAGCGCUCUCUUGUUCUGCUCGACCUCUGCAGCGCCAUACAAGAAAGCUUGGCCGAGCUCAGGGCCAAGGCUCAGGCUUACGCCCGCUUGGCCAAGAAGGCGCAGAAGCAGUUCAAGAAGACCAGCAGCAAGGUUGCCCUUGAUGACACCGAAAGCCGCAGGGUGGUCAAGCUGUUGUCUGAAGCGAGAGAGGUCGCUCUGUCGAUGCUGGAAUCGGCGUUGUAUCUCCUAUCAAGGGAGAUCGUGACGCCGAGCGCCACCAAGUGGUCUCUUGUCUCCAAGGCAUUCCAGAAGAAAAGAGUCGCGUGCAGGGAGGAGCAAUUGCAAGCGUUGGAGUUGGAGAUUGUUGACCUUGAGAGCGAUGUUCAGGUUGUCUUCAGGAGACUGAUCCAAUGCAGGGUCUCUCUUCUGAAUGCUCUUAGCCUGUAG